GUGUGUACUCAGAUCUUAAUCCUACUAGGUAAUACAUAAGUUGUUUCCAAGAGACCCGGCUCGAAUACACGUGAGGUCCUGUGUGAUAUAUCAUAUAAUAACCCUAAAUUUGAAAGCUAAUGCUAAACCUUUUGGGCAUUUUCUGUAUAACAAACCCUAAGAAUGCAGGCAAUAACCCUAAAUAUGUUGAGACCGAUGCUUACUGCAUACAUGGAAUGUCGUUUACGCCCAAAAGGUUUAGCAUAUGCUUACGGCUGAUGCUUACGCCAUAAGUUGGAAUUAUGGCGCCUUGCCCUUGAGACGAAAGGAUUCAGAAUAAGUAGGAACAAGACUGAAUACAUGGAAUGUCGUUUCAGCGGCCGGGAUACAGAAUCAGAGUUGGAAGUCAGGAUUGACUCCCAUCUAGUACCUAAGGUAGACAGGUUUCGAUAUCUUGGCUCGGUAAUCCAGGCUGAUGGGGAGUUAGAUGCGGAUGUUGGACAUCGUGUUGGAGUGGCUUGGGCCAAAUGACGGUUAGCUUCAGGGGUGUUGUGUGAUCCAAAGAUUUCGCAUAGAAUGAAAGGUAAGUUCUAUCGUUCCGUAGUCAGACCUGCUAUGUUAUAUGGGGCAGAGUGUUGGGCGGUUAAGAAGACUCAUGUGCGUCGUCUGCAUGCGGCGGAGAUGCGGAUGUUACGAUGGAUGUGUGGGAAGACAAGGUUGGAUAGGAUUUCGAACGAAGUUAUCCGACGUCAGGUAGGCAUGGCACCGGUGGAAGAUAAGUUGCGGGAAGCAAGGUUGAGAUGGUUUGGCCAUGUGAGACGGCGGGAUGCUGACGCCCCUGUACGGAGAUGCGAGAGGAUUACAGUUAUCGGGGGAAGUAGGGGAAGGGGUAGACCUAGGAAGAAUUGGAAGUAGGUGAUUAGGCAGGAUUUAGGACUUCUCGACCUGACUGAGGAUAUGGCCCUAGAUAGGAACCUUUGGAAAACUAGGAUUAGAGUAGCUGGAUAGGAGCUCGGUGUUGUAGAGGUUGUUUUGUGGUGUUUUGUAUUUGUUAGGAAUCUUCUGCUAUUGCUUGUACGCGUUGCUUGUACUUGGUACUUUAUCUGUGUUAUACUGUGUUCCCUUCCAUAUUUUUGUGCAGGUGGAGCCGGGGAUCUCUUGGAAACAGCCUCCCUACUUCCGAGUAGGGGCAAGGUCUGCGUACACACACCCUCCCCAGACCCUACUGUUGUGGGAUUCACCUGAGUUGUUGUUGUUGUUGUUCUAUGUUGAGACUGAUGCUUUGAUUUAAUCAUCGAAAUCUGCAAAUGGAGAAUUGAAUCAUAAAGAACAGAGAUUGAGUUAUUUAAAUCUAAGCACACCUUUGACUGCUUUCUCCGCCAGUUUGCCGGCGCCGGGUCGUUCUCACUUCUUCCCUUCCACCGCCGGUGACGCCCACUUAGACUUCCUGUUGGGAAAAUCACCUCAAUUUUCUAGCGGAAGCAAUUAAUAAUUUUCCCGUCUUUGUGUUGUCAAAAUGGGCAAAAUCAUAUGACCGAUCAUGAAUAGGAAACACGUCAACAAGCAAUCAAUCAAGCGAUAAACGAACACCAAGAUUUAACGUGGAAACCCCAAAUCGGGGAGAAAACCACGAAGCCUUCCACUAAUCACCAAGAAAAUCAGUGGGUACACCAAGAAUCCUCUCUAAAUCAAUUAGAGGUACACAUAAUCAUCAAGUAAUAACUUGGAACACCAAACAACAAUAAUCUUCACUAAAGAGUGAGAAAUCCCCAAUAAAAAACGCAGCAGUAAACAGAGGCGAUUUUACCGACAUCGAGAGGUCAAAACAACAAUCCCACCGUUGGAUAUGAAGAAGAGGAUCUCAGGAACAACAUACUAAAAUUUCAUCCCGAUCGGAGCUCGUUUGGUCGUCGAUCGGAGCACAAAACCAGGCUGCACCUCUCUUU